AAAACGACUGUGGCCGAAAACAAUUAACAUUAAAUCAAAUGUCCUAGUUCUGUUGUAAAAACCCAGCGUAUCCAUGAAAUGAUGGAGGAAGAAAUUUCAUUUACAGAACAACUGGAGCUUGAAGAAUUGGAGAGGAAAAAGAAAGAGGGUGCACUAACAAAAACAGAUGAAGACGGUACUGUGUAUGAUUGGGAUGAAGAGAAGAGGGCUUGGUUCCCAAAGAUUGAUGAGGACUUCAUAGCAAAGUAUCAGAUGAGUUAUGGAGCCAACGAAGAAGAGGGUGGUACAAAUAUAACAAACGAUCAGGACAAGUAUAAAGAGUACUGGGAAAAUUAUCAUAAACAGCAACAGCAAAAUGAAAGUGAAAGUAAUGCUGAGGGAGUUGACAUAAACAGUGAAGAAUAUUACAAAAAAUAUACAGAAUAUUACCAGAAUUAUUAUGCUCAGUAUUAUGCGCAGCAACAGCAGCAGUCAACGGGUCAACAAGAAGAGGAAGGGGCCAAAUGUGAGGGGGAAAAGAAGGGGAAAAAAAGGAAAGGAAGCAAGUUUAUAGUCCAGAAACCGGCAGAAGAACCACAGUGGUUUGAUGUGCAAGAUGAGAAAAACACCAAUGUGUAUGUGAGUGGUCUCCCUUUGGAUAUUACGGAGGAGGAGUUCAAGGAAUUGAUGAACAAGUGUGGAAUGAUCAUGUUUGAUCCUCAAAGAAAGGCUCUCAAACUGAAGCUUUACACAGAUGAGAAUGGACAACCAAAAGGCGAUGGCAGGUGCUGUUAUAUCAAAGUUGAGUCUGUAGAGCUAGCACUAAAGAUUUUGGAUGGGUAUGACAUACGUGGACACAAAAUUCAUGUGGAAAGAGCCAAGUUUACAAUGAAAGGAAAUUUUGAUCCAAGUAAAAAACGAAAGAAACUCACCAACAAAGAGAAGAAGAGGUUAAAAGAGAAACAGCAAAAAUUGUUUGACUGGCGACCAGAGCGUCCAAUCGAUGCCAGACUUAAAUGUGAGAAAGUUGUUAUUUUGAAAAACAUGUUUUCUCCCAAAGAGUUUGAUGUGGACCCAGUGUUGAUUAAUGAACUUCGUGACGACGUUCGACAAGAAAGCUCAAAAUUUGGAGACGUCAAAAAUGUCAAAAUUUAUGAUAACCACCCAGAAGGCGUAAUGUCGGUGUCAUUCAAAGAACCAGAGCAGGCGGACGCUUGUAUUGCAGCAAUGAAUGGUCGUUGGUUCGCUAAACGCCGAAUCUCGGCGGAAUCUUGGGAUGGAAAGACUAAAUAUGAGAUCCAGGAGUCAGAAGCAGAGCGGGACGAACGACUGAAAAAAUGGGAACAAUACUUAGAGACGGACAAGGAAAAACAAGUUGAUGUUCCAGAUCAGUCACCAACAAAUACUUCAUUUGUAGAAGCCACUGGGGCGUCAGGCGUGUGUAAUACAGAGACUGAGACGGGCGUGUCUCCCGCUACAGUAUGUCAAACGACACAGGCAAACGACACGACAUCUGGUGCACAAGGCUGUCAGUAGAUAAUAUACUCUACCAUUCAAAGUUAACAAGUUAAAGAAAAGCAAGAAAGGUCUACGUAACAAGUCCUUUAACUGUUAACGAUGUUUUGUCUGUCCAUAUGUAGAAAAUGUUAAAUCUUCUUAAUAUGCAAGGUUUAACCAAUAAAUAAAUGACAAUUAUA